AUGGAAGAAUCAGAUUUACCCUUCCCUGAGCUACCUCCAGAAGAAGGUUUAUGAGAUACUGGAAGUCUUCUGUGCCCUUAUAUGCCAAGUGUAGAUGAAAAAGUGCGUGAAAUGUUUUUAGCUGCAAAGAUAUGUGAUAAAGAUGUUAUAGUUGACUUAGGCUGUGGAGAUGGUAGAGUUCUAUUUGAAGCUGCCAAUGUUGGAUGCAAAAGUGCUAUAGGUGUAGAAUUAAAUCAUGAUUUAGUACUUAUAGGAAGAGAAAGAAUUGAAAAAUCGGGAUUGAGUGAAAAGAUUAGAAUUCUUGAGGAUGAUUUUAUGAAUAUCGAUAUUAGCGAAGCUACAAUUAUUUAUUUGUAUUUGCUGCCAGAAGCUAUAGACAAAUUGAAGCCUAUGCUUAUUAGAGCAUUGAAUGGGAAUGCAAGACUUUUGAUUUCUGCUCAUUUUUCGAUAAAUCCCACCAUCCGUGAGGAGCAAAAAAAAUAUGCUCGCGAAGUGGGGUUAAAAUAAUUUAUUUAUUAAUUUUAUAGUAAUUUAUUAAAAUUAAAAAAAUCAAAAAUUCAUAAAAAUUAGAAGUAAAAAUUAAAUUUAAUUUGAAAAAAUUAUAUUUAAGUAUGCAAGCUAUUUAAAUCAAACAGAAUUAGCUAGGGAUUUAUAAUAAUUAUCACCUAUAUGCUUGAUCAUGGGGGUAGCUUUUUCUCAAAAAAAAAAAGUCAUUUUUCCAAUGAUUUACUCACUCACGGAGAGCGGGAGUAAGAGAAUGGAGAAUAUCUGAAGAUACUAGAGUUGAUGGGUUUAAUUGCUACACAAAAGAAAGCUUUGCGGAUUAUGUUUCUAAAUAG